CUAUUUCCGCCUUAUUCGACUAUUUCCGCCACGGUCUCCAGUCCCUCCAUUUUGUUUUCUGUUGUUGGCAAGAGAACAUUUCAGAAAACUGAGUUGUUUAGAAGGAUUUUCUGGCAAUGGACGGUAUUGGAGAUGUUGCAGUUGGCGUAAAGAGAGGAUCAGAUGAGCUGCUGUCAAGCAGUCUCUACAACAGUGGCUCUGACAUGAGCAGUAUCAGUGAUGGUACGUCCAACGGGAGUGACAGUAAAAAACUGAGAGUGGAAGACAGGAUGGAGGCUCCUCCUUCUCGUGUGUUGCACAUCAGAAAACUGCCCAACGAAACUUCAGAAACGGAGGUCAUUGCCCUGGGGUUACCUUUCGGGAAGGUCACCAAUAUCCUGACUCUGAAGGGAAAAAACCAGGCUUUCUUGGAGCUGGGGACAGAGGAAGCGGCAAUUACUAUGGUCAACUACUACUCUACUGUGACACCGCAUGUUCGUAAUGUCCCCGUAUUCAUCCAGUACUCCAACCACAAAGAACUCAAAACGGACGCCGGAAACCAGCGGGCCCAGGCGGUCCUGCAGGCGGUGUCAGCGGUCCAAGGAGGCGGUACCCCUACAUCGGGUUCAGAUCUGGCUCUAACAGCUGCAUCCAGCCCUGUGCUCAGAAUAAUCAUUGACAACAUGUUCUACCCUGUCACUCUGGAUGUGCUGCAGCAGAUCUUCUCAAAGUUCGGCACGGUCAUGAAGAUAAUCACAUUCACUAAGAACAAUCAGUUCCAGGCCCUGCUGCAGUUCAACGACCCAUCUACCGCACAGCAAGCCAAAAUUGCCCUGGAUGGUCAGAACAUCUACAACUCGUGCUGUACGCUCCGCAUCGAUUACUCCAAGCUGGUCAACCUGAAUGUCAAGUACAACAACGACAAGAGCCGUGACUACACCCGGCCAGAGCUCCCCGCCGGGGAUGGACAGCCUGCCAUGGACCCCAACAUGGCUGCUGCCUUUCAAGGCAAGGACUCCAACUCUCUGCUUGGUAAGAUCCCAGGUGCGCUGAGCCCGCUGAAUGCUGCGGCGGCGGCGGCGGCUGCUGCAGGGAGGGUGGCUCUGUCUGGUCACUCUGGCUCCAGCGGCGUGCUCCUGGCCUCCAACCUCAAUGAAGAGAUGGUUACGCCCCAAAGUCUGUUUACUCUCUUCGGGGUCUAUGGGGACACCCAGAGGGUGAAGAUUCUUUACAAUAAGAAGGACAGUGCUCUGAUACAGAUGGCCGAUGCCAGUCAGGCCCAGCUAGCGAUGAGUCACCUGAACGGUCAGAAGAUGUAUGGGAAGGUCAUCAGGGUGGCUCUGUCCAAGCACACCUCAGUGCAGCUGCCCAGGGAUGGACUGGAUGACCAGGGCCUUACCAAGGACUUCACCAACUCCCCCCUGCACCGCUUCAAGAAGCCCGGCUCCAAGAACUUUCAGAACAUCUUCCCUCCCUCCACCACCCUUCACCUCUCCAACAUCCCAACGGACGUAACUGAAGAAGACCUGAGACUACUGUUCUCCAAUGCCGGGGGCACUGUGAACGCAUUCAAGUUUUUCCAGGAUCACAAAAUGGCGCUGCUCCAGAUGUCGACGGUGGAAGAGGCCAUCCAGGGUCUGAUCGACCUCCACAACUACAACAUGGGUGACAACCACCACCUGAGAGUGUCCUUCUCCAAAUCCUCCAUCUAAACCAGCAUAAUGAUCCUCCACAAUAUCCAUCGCUUUCUGUUUCCAAAUGGCCUUUGGCUGCCGUUCGUUUAUCCGGUUCACUCUUUCCAGACGGGGGGGGACCACAUUUUGACCUCAUUGUAGUUCUUUCUAUUUUUGUCUUUCUACGUGUUAUCAGUCAUUCCUUCAGAGAACCAGAAACUAAAAUGUGUAUUAAAAAAAAAAGUUGUUGUACUUGUAUGUUUUUGAGGGUGUUUUACCCCCUUCACCUGACCCCUGUGUAAGUCCCAUAUUCCAUUUGUAUGAUAGGCAAACCAUUUUCUUUUUCCAUCUUCUUAUGAAGGGUGGAUGAAUGGACUUUGGUGUCUCUUUAUGAUUAGUUAUAUAAGAUAUGUGCCUUACCUGACAAUAUCAACUCUUUUUACAUUUAAAUAUUUACACGAAUCCCUGCAGUCAGAUUUUGAGGCACAUUCAUUUUGAUGUGUAAGAUUAGUUCAAAACAUGAUUUCUGUUCUCCCAUGUGUCUGUGCAGUUUGAACUGCCGCCACCCCAAAAAACGUCCCCUUUUUUGUUGUAGGUGUUGAGUUUGUGCUAGAUUUUAUUUUGUUAGUCACUAGUUGUGGAGUGGGGAACCAUAUGAGAUUGAAGUUGAAUCAGACUUUUUACAUCUGUUUUUUUUGUGCUAACUUGGACCACCAUGCUUGAGUUUCCAUCUGUAUGAUUAUUUUAACUGUUUGAUUCCACAGGUCAUCCAUUUACUAAAAUAGUCCAUGUUGCUGUUCUUUAGGUGUUAGGUUUUUUUUGGGGGGGGGGGUGUACAUGGGUAGAAGUUGAGUGGUUUCCUAAGCAUGUACUGCCUGGUCUAGUUAUUGGAAUUAAAAGUUGGUAGUACUUUAUUCAUUUGAACUGUACUUCAUAACUGUCAUUGUCCUACAGGUGAUGAAACGAAUGUCAUGGCGAUUAUUAUGAAGUACAGUUUAAAUGAAGUGUUACGAGAUCUGCUGUUGCAUGCGUUUUAGAAGAGUAUCUGUAGUGACGUCAACGUGUUGCAGUUUACUGAUGAGGGUUGGGACCAAAGUGUAUGUGCCUUUUUUGUUUUUAGUUUUAAUUUACAUCUCAUCGCCAAGGAAAGGAACAAUAUUUUAGUGAACCGCUGAUAUAUUUUGUAUAUCUGAACAAAUAAGAUACAGGACCUGAUUCAGAAUCAACAACCUUCAUUCCUUCUAUGGUUAUUUUAAGCUGAUCUACAUGUAAUACCCACAAUAGUUUGAAGAAUCCCACAACCUCAACUUCCUAGAAAACGAGAUUGUUUUUCAAGAUAAGUCAUGUAUAUUUUCUAUCAGUUACAUUUUUACAGCUCUAGAAAUGUAAUAUUCAGAUAUAGUUUGGAAGCGGCACAAUUAAAAUAAUUUUCUAACAAAUUGGGAUAUUUGGUCUGACUUAGUUGUUUUGAGAUAUUUUUUUCUCCACUUUUUAUCUUCUCUCUUGUGUGUACUUUACUUUACCUGUGUAGCAUGCUCAAUAAACUCUUCUGUAGCUCUGUA